GUAGUAUCAUAGAGCUCUAUGCACUAUAUACACAGCGCAUAUGGUCAAUCGUUGUCGUCUGCGCUAGGACCUGGGAGCUCUUAUUCGGAUUCCAGAGAAGUGGACCUGAGGACAGGGGCUUUGCUGCAGGACAAAGUGACUGAUUGAAAUGAAGUGAACCCCUGAAACCUGGAGCAGCUAAAAGCAGAACACACAGAAAACACACACACACAUGCACCGUAGUCCUGCAUGCUAAAUGCAGCAUUUUUCUGUGAGUCUACAUCCGAGUGUGCAUUUCUCCACCAAAAGGCAGUGCUGUGGUAUAGCACGAGCUAUACACUGACACACACACACACGCACACACAUGCAUCGUAUUAUACGUGACUUUCAUCAGCGCUACCCUUCUGAAGAUAGCAAAUGAGCUUCGCUGAUGAAUUAUGUGAAUGCUGGAGAAGGGUAAAACAGGAGAAAAUAGCAGCGGUAUAUUGCAUGGUGGAUGGGGCUGUAUUGGUGGAGGCAGCUACACAGCAGUUAGCGAGCAUCGUAGAAAGGCUAACACUUGGCAUUUGGGAGACAUACGGUGAAGCACUGACGGUAAAAGGGAUGUCUGAGAAUCCUACGCGUUGACGGCAUUACAAAUUGAUCGCAGCUUCUGCUCUCUGUCUCUCUGCCUUUCUCAGACUCCUGCCCUGCCUCUGCAUGUGUUUGUGCGAAACUCUGGACGUCUCAUCUUGUUUUGGUGGAACCAGCAAUAGACGAUGUGUGUGACUUGAAUGUAGGGCAAAUCUACACACCCUUCAGGAAUCGAGUUUUACCUACACUCUGAAACACAUUCAUCCUCCAAAUACAGUUUUCUUGGAUAUAUAGAGUGGAUUUCUCCAGAUGAAGUAUUUGUUACACCUGCAGCUAUUACAGGAUUUUAAGCUUUAUAUUAUAUUCACUCGUCAAGAAAAAACCUCAAACCCUGUUUUCACUUCCCAUUGCUGAUAUUAAGUUGAGCUCCAGGAAAGAGAAGGACAAACAAACAGGAGGAGAUAAGGCAGAACCCUUUAUCUCUGCAUUAUUUUAUCUAUGACUUUUCGUGUUGAUCUUGGAGCUGAUGUAUGACUUUGUUACUGGGACAGCAUAGCUAGCCCACCAUGGCUAAGCAAUAUGUAUUUCAGUGGCAAGUUUGUGUUCCAGAACCCCUUAAAAAUGGGGCGAUGUUCGACAGAUACGAAGAUGGGGAUUCUGGGUCAGUAGAACAGAGUUGCCUCUUCAAAGUUGAUGAAUAUGGAUUCUUCAUCUACUAUAAGAGUGAAGGCAGGGAGGGGCAGGUGUUGGAAUUAUCCCAAAUCAAUGAUGUACGGAAGGGUAUUGCACCAAAGGAUGUGGGGUACUUGGCUAAAGUUGGUUCCAUCCUUGACCCAUUUGGGAGGGGGAACAUUGAAGAUCGCACCAUUACCAUCUGCAGUGGCUUGGACUUUGUCAACAUUAACUACAUGCACAUGGUUGCAAGCACACCUGAGAUAGCACAGGUGUGGUUUGAUGGAUUACUUACAAUCACUCACAAUGUCAAAGCCAACAAUGUGUGUCCAAUGCAGAGUUUAAAGAAACACUGGAUGAAAAUUUGCUUUCAAGUCAACCCCAAUGGCAGAAUACCAGUACGGAAUCUCACAAGAACGUUUGCAUCGGGCAAGACAGAGAAGAUUGUCUUCAAGUCGCUGGAUGAGCUAGGACUUCCCUCGGGCAAGAUGGAAGAGAUUGAUCCGGCUGACUUCCCAUUUGAAAAGUUCUAUGAAUUGUACCACAAGAUCUGUCCGAGGACGGAUAUAGAGUUACUCUUCAAAGAUAUAGGACGAAAUGAAACGGAAGGAUUGUCGGUGGAGAAACUGAUUGAAUUCUUGAACGACAAACAGAGGGACCCUAGACUCAAUGAAAUUCUCUUCCCAAUGUAUGACAGGGAAAGGGUACUACAAAUCAUUGAUACCUAUGAGAAAGAUCCUCAGAUGAUUAAGAAAGAACUUCUAUCAUCCGAUGGGCUUUGUCGUUAUCUGAUGUCUGAUGAGAAUGCACCCGUAUUUCUAGAUCGGCUGGAGCUCUACCAAGACAUGGAACAGCCCCUUUCACAUUACUUCAUUAAUUCGUCCCACAACACGUACCUGACCGGGAGACAGUUUGGAGGCAAAUCAUCGGUUGAGAUGUACAGACAGGUUCUGCUGGCUGGAUGCAGAUGUGUUGAGUUAGACUGUUGGGAUGGAAGGAGUGAAGAUCAAGAACCAAUCAUCACCCAUGGACUGGCUAUGUGUACUGAUAUACAAUUUAGGGAUGUGAUCCAAGCAAUCCGAGACACUGCUUUUGUGACCUCAGACUUCCCUGUGAUACUGUCCUUCGAGAACCAUUGUAGUAAACCGCAGCAACUCAAACUAGCGAGAUACUGUGAAGAGGUCCUCGGCGAGUUCUUACUCACAGAAAAGUUAGAUGACCACCCGUUGGAGGCGAGUGUUCCUCUUCCAUCACCUAAUAAAUUAAAGAGGAAGAUUCUUAUCAAAAAUAAGAGGCUGAAACCCGAAGUAGAACAGAGACAACUUGAGUUGAUGCGGUUAAGACCAGAGCUGCUUGAAGUCAACCAAGAAGAUGAAGUAGAAGAAUGCGAAUCAGAGAGUGAAUCAGAAGACAGUGACGACAUGCCUCCACCCCAAGUUGUUGCUGCCCAUCGGCUCAGGAAAGCCAUCCUGCCUCCUGCCACUCAAGGGUACAGUGAUGGUGCUGUUUCCCCACCAGGCAAUACGGACGCGCACCCGGAGUUCAAGUUUCCAUCCAAAGACUCCAUCGGAAGUAUAAGUGGGAGCAGCAUAGCAGCCGAGGAUGAGAUCAAACUCAAACACAACAUGAGUGUCAAGAUGAAUGCCAAGAAGGGGGAGCUGUUAUCACAAGAAGAUGAAGCAGCAGUGGUAGCCCAGUACCGGUAUACCGGAGCCACGACCAACAUCCACGCCUGUCUCUCACGACUCGUCAACUAUGCACAACCUGUCAAAUUCCAGGGAUUUGAUGUUGCUGAAGAGAGAAAUCUUCACUUCAACAUGUCAUCAUUCAAUGAGUCUGUUGGCUUAGGAUACAUCAAAACACAGUGUAUUGAAUUCGUCAAUUACAAUAAGCGUCAGAUGAGUAGAAUUUACCCUCAAGGUAGGAGGUAUGACUCCAGCAACUACAUGCCGCAGAUCUUCUGGAAUGCUGGCUGUCAGAUGGUGGCCCUGAAUUUCCAGUCACCAGACAUCGGCAUGCAGCUCAACCAGGGAAAGUUUGAAUACAACGGAUGCUGUGGGUAUUUACUCAAGCCGGAUUUCAUGAGGAGACCGGACAGGACAUUCGAUCCCUUCUCGGAGUCCCCAGUGGAUGGCGUGAUUGCGGCAACAUGCUCAGUUCAGGUGAUAUCAGGCCAGUUCUUGUCAGACAAGAAAGUAGGCACGUACGUCGAAGUUGAUAUGUAUGGUCUUCCUACGGACACAAUAAGGAGAGAACACAGGACGAGAACAGUCCCUAAUAAUGGACUCAAUCCUGUCUAUAAUGAAGAACCUUUUGUAUUUAGAAAAGUUGUAUUACCAGAUCUUGCAGUACUGAGGAUAGCAGUAUAUGAGGAAGGGGGUAAACUAAUAGGACAAAGAAUCUUGCCAUUGGAUGGACUACAAGCAGGUUAUAGACAUAUAUCACUGAGAACAGAAGGUAACUUUCCCUUAUCACUGCCCACUGUCUUCUGUUGUAUUCAACUCAAGACGUACGUACCAGAUGGAUUAACACAGUUUGUAGAUGCUCUUUCAGAUCCUCAGUUAUAUCUGUCACAAGCAGAGAAAAGAGCAAAGCAACUUUUAUGCAUGGGAAUUGAAGAGAAUGAGAUCAGUGAGGUCCCCACGGUGAACAACAAGAAGAGACCGACUGUACGGCAUCCGACGACGCCUACCAACGCGGCGCCGAACAUCGGUGGAUUCACGCCGGGCGGACCGACUCAUAACCAGAGUAAGAACUUCAUCAGUAGAUGUGAUGGCAAAGACAAACAGAAAGGAAUGCAACCUAUUACUGCAGACAGUUUAAGGAAAGAAAGAGCAUACCAGAAACUGCUGAAGAAACAACAAAAAGAGCAAGAUUCAUUGAGCAAGAGACAUUCCAAAGAGAGAGCAAUGUUACAGAAGACGCACUAUUCAACAGUGAACAAAAUGGAGGCAUGUCACGACAGGGAAAAACUGACAAGAGAGAAGAGUUUAGAAAAGGCCAUCAAAAAGAAAGGGGAAAGCAACUGUUCAGAUUUGAAAAUAGAAACAGAGGUUCAUGUACAAUCGUUAGUCAAUGACCACAAAGCACGGGUAAAGGAUGUGGUAUCAGACCAGAGUAAAGAGUUUGCUGACAUGGUGAGUCGACAGCAAGUAGAAGAGAGGAGUUUGAAAGAGAACCAUAUCCAACAGAGGUGCGACCUGCUAAAGAAACUCAUGCUCAGUACUCAGGAAGAACAAAUGCAACUAUUAGCGGGUAGAAAUGAUAGAGAAAUGAAGGAGUUGAAGUCAAAUCAAGCCAAGGAUUCAAUGGAGUCAACUAAAAGUGUCAGCCAUGACAAGAGUAUCAAGAACAAGGCAGAGAGAGAUAGGAGAGUUCGGGAGCUUCAAAGUAAUAACACAAAGAAAUUCCUAGAAGAGAGAAAAAGGCUGAAAAUGAAACAAGACAAGGAGAAAGAAGAAGUCCAACAGGAACACAGCAAACAAAUGGAAAAACUACGCAAAGAAAUUGAUAAGAUGGUUGAAGCUGAGAAGGUAGUAUUAGACGGAGCAGCCAAUAAGGUCCACCUAGCUGCCAGGCCCGACUCCUCUUCGGUCUGACCUUCUCAUCCAGAGAUCGUGUGUGAGAACUACCACUCGGAUCAUGUGUGUGUAUGUGUGUGUUCCCCAGGGCCCUGUUGCAUAAAACUACUAUUGUGGUCACGUUCCUUUUCAAUGGUAACUGCCAUGGUUACAAAUGCCGAAGCAGCCAAUCAGAAACAAGGAUUUCAAGGAAAGUUACCAUUGGAUGGCAAGGUUACCAUAUUAAUUUUUUUUAUGCAAUUGGCUCAAGGAAGAUUAAGUGAGGAAGCCCUGGGCGCAUUAGGUGAAGCAUGUUGCUGCCUCAUUGGCUGUUCAGACUUUUUCCAAGACUGUAUGAUGUAUGGAGUUCUUUCCGCCUGGGAAGCGUUUUUGCGAAAGGAUCCAACACUUACCAUUGGAACUGCUUCUCAGCCAGUCAAAAUCAAGGAGAGUUGUCAGAUCUGACGACUUUCCGGAAGACAAAUGCUGAUGAAAUGCCCCCCCCCCCAGAUUAUUAUUGUCAAUGCACAUGAGAUAGUGUACAUCCAAAAAAAUACUUCAUAUUCACAUACAUAUUCCCAAAUAUGUAUGUGAAGACGUAUAUAUUCUGCUGUAAAAAUCACUCAGGAAUUAAGGGGAAUCAUUAUCAUGAGCAAAGGAAUUUAUUUUCAUUUUCUUUUUAAUCUUUUCAUGAAGGGUAUAUUUUAAAAAAUAUUCAGUCAUGCAGUCCAGUAUUUACAGUUAGAUAUCUACCUGACUUCAUAUACUCGCCAUUCCUAAUUGUACAAUAUGCAGCGUUUCAAAUCAUUGUAUGAAGAUCUGUAUGAAUGUUGCAUAUUAUUAUUAUCCCUAGAUAGUAAUAAAUCUUGUACAGUGAUUUGAAUAUUUCACUUCAUUGCUAUAAUUUGAAGGAGAAAUAUGAGUGCCAAAAAUGCAGAUCUUAUUUUUUCAUACCCGAUUUGCUAAAAGGGUAACACCCCUGAUCCCAUAUCCAUGUGCAUUGACAACGAUUGCAUGUUGGACGUGAGUCUUAUAAGAUGCUUUUUGGAAUGAAAGCAUGAAGAAAGUGGAUCAAGUCAGAUCUUCUCUCUUAAGGUCGGUUUCACUGGACCAUCGGGGGGGGGGGGGGUGCUUCACAAAGAGUCAAGUGUGACUUGAGUUGCACUUAAGUGUCAACAUGCAAGUGAUACUUGUGAUCUAUAGGCAGUGGUGCUCUUCCCAUGAACAUGAUUUGACCAAUGCAGUAAUGUGUUAUAAGCUGCACACAACUUGACAUUUAAGUCUGAUAUGUAAUCAAACUUAAAAUCUUUGUGAAACCCCCCCCCCCCCAAGAUCAGUCUUAGUCUUAGGGAGUGUUAAAAACAUGCACAAUCUUUGAGGGGGAAAAAAAUGAGGGUUGCUCAAGAGCUGUAAGGACACUGACAGUAAAAUGUAUGAAUUAAUCCGUAAAUGAAUGUCUUUUUACAUGUAUCAAAAUCAACAGUGUGUACAAAGUUUUUAUCACAUUUAUCAGUGUACAUACUUACGAGUGUCAUUUUUUGCAUGUAAGUAUACUUCUCAAUCAAUACUUGUAAUAUCCUUGUGUAUAUACAAACCUUUGUCUUACUUCCCCUUGCUCAUGGUUGACUUGUGUCUAUCAUAAGAGAAAAAAUAUAUAUAAUAAAUCCUAUAUCCAUAAAUAAGGAAGUAUGAAAUUUUUGAUAGCGCUGUAAAUCAGUAAAAGUGCGUGUUAGUGUGUCCAUUCAUUUUGCCCUCGAGCUAAAGAAUUAUCUAUGAACUGCCAACUGUUUUUGAUACUAUGGAAAGCUACUGGGGCAAAUGAACUUUUUUAAAAAGAUUUUCCUUUUGUUCAUGAAUAAUUUUGGAACAUUACUUUCCGUAUUUAUGCAACCCCAUGUGUGAGUACAGAGGCAAUUGUUAACCUCUUAUGUUUGUACGUUCCUCUAUUGUUUUGAUAUGCUGACAGGAAAUGACAGAUGAUCACUUCCAGCCUUCAAGGAUUCGGUGAUGAUGACCUCAACCUCUUAUAAAAGUUUUAUCAAUAAUUAUGGUGGAUGUCAAAUUGAAUAUCUAAUAUUUCUGUCCCAUGCUCACGGGCCUUGUAAGAGAAAAUUUCAAAAGCGAUCGCAAAAUAAUGAAGGCAAUUUAUGAUCAACAUUGCAAACCUCAUGUUCACAAGUACAGAUGAUUGUCCAAUCAGAAUCUUCAUGUUAAAGUUGCAAUCAAUUCCAAUCUUUUAUCUGACAUGGUUCUGAGUUGUAAGUAGAAACAAGCUAAAUUAUUCGAACAUGGCUUUCAGAAUGUGAUACGUCACAAGCUGAAUUAUCAAAACAUGGAUUUCAGAAUGUGAUACGUCACGUGCCAUGAUUUUAGGCUAUGUACGAUAUUUGUGAAUCCUAAAAUUCAUCUCUUUAAUGAACUUUUUGUCAACACUCCCUGGUUUCGUCCAACUAUUCUACUUUUCAAUCCAUCCAUUAAUGAGAUUCAAAGUUACCGUCAGAUUAUUAUGAUAGGGUAUUAAUGAUGUAAUGAAAGAGCAAGAGUGAAGGCAUUGUUGAAUGAAAAUUUUGAAGCAAUACAGCUGCAUCCACUUGGUUCAUCACAAUAGAAGUUAAAUUUAGACCAAUCACCUUAUUAUAGCAGUCUUUGCACUCACCAAGCACAAACAAAAAUCAACUAUGGAAUGCUAGUCCUAUUCAUCUUGCAAUAAUCAAUGGCACCUGAAUUAUGAAAAGCUGCUAUUUUUUCUUACGUGGAGCAGACGAUGACCGAGGAGACUCUAGUGAUUUAGAGCAGUUGCAUGUCGAUAUGAAAGCACAAAAAUAUGAUUGCACGUUUAUAGGGAAUGCAAUCAUAAGUGAUGUGAUUUACAGAAGGGGGAUCUCCGCCUCUUUGUACUGUAGAUACUCUGCAAAUUACAGAAAUUCAUUCAAUAGCCUUUUACGUUUGUGGUUAUUUAUGCUGGGGGAUUUUUUAAUAAUAUUUUUAUUAAACAUAGGAUAUAGCUUAGGUCUUAUAUAUGAAGAGGGCAUCUCUAUUUAUUUCUGUUAGACAGUACAAGCAAUUGGACUUAUGAAGGCAUUUUUAAACCUUUAGUAUUAUAUUUUGUUUGGACAUCAUAAGUCACUAUUUGGCUGGGUGUUGUUUGACACAUUAGCAGUAUUUUAUUUUGUUCAAUUUUCAUUUCUUCAUAUUUAGAGCACAAAUGAUGAGAAUAUGAUUGCCAUUUCAAUAUACAUGUAUUAGUGUCAUGAAAAGAAGAGUUUUUGAGUGUGUGGAUGUGUGUAUGACCAUAUGCAUACCCAAUAUGGGUGUGUGUGUAGAUGUGUGUGGAUGGGUGUGUGUGUGUGCGUGUUUGUACGAUAUUUCUUUGUUUGAAUUGAAAUAUAUAUAAUGUAUAGAGUUGUAAAUGUGUAUAGAUAUUAUAUUAUGCCAUUACCGGACAUGUUAGUUUUGUGCAAUGUUGUUCAGUUCAAACAAUUAUUUGAAUUUCAUUCUAUAAAACUUAUGAAGAAUCAAAGAGAAAUUAUUAAAUGAAUAUUGGUUAAGAGUGUUUCAUCUAUCUGGUUCUAAGGCUUUUUAAAAGCAAUUGUAGCUUGCCAAGCACGCUUGUUUCUUGCAGAUAUAUCACCUGGUACUCCUAGGUUAGCCAUCCCAGAUUUAUGUUGUAGAUAAUAGCUGUUCAUGAACAUCGGGUACGGACCUCAUUUCGAUCAUCCUCGUUCGCAGGAUCUAAUACUAAUUUAACAAUUUAUAUUGUCUGGAUUAAUCUUUCUUUCCUUAAUUGGAAUUCUGUGUAUUUGCAACUGACUGAACAGAAUGACCUUUUUUUUUUAAAUAUUUCAAAUAUUGAAUUAAUUAUUUAUAAGAUUGCCAAAGCUAUUAAUAGGCAGUAAGUCACCUUGUGUAUUCUCUUGUUUAGGUGUCAUCUUAAAACGAACAUUCCUUCCUUUUUACAGUUAAAUUCUAAAUAUUUCCCUAACCCAAACACCGUCAGUCAAGUCCAUAAAAAUAGCAUUGUGUAAUGAUAAUGGAAUAAGCAAGUAAACCAUUGAGAUUUAUUUGAGGCUAGUGCUGAGAUGAGAGAUUCUAAUGACCAAAGCUGUGUAUCCGGAAUGUACAAGAUAUCCCACGCUAUCCUUGUAACAAUAGAUCUAUUCACUCUUCAUCUUUGUCAUUGUCGUCCAUGAUGAUUAUUGAACUGGCAGGCCCAGUCCACGGCAUUCUUAUCAAGCCGAUAACGUGAUGUACAUUUGUUGCGUCCAUGCACAUAUAUUUGAAAUAUUUGUACAGAUAGGAGGAAUUCAUGUAUGUUUACGUCUUAUCUUAUUAUUCUCAUCUCUCUUUUCUAAUUUCUAAGACUCGUAUUUGGGUCACACGCAUGUGACAUUAUUGGUAUAGCUUGCAGUACAUGUAUUUGAAUUAUGAGGUAGACCUGAUCCCUGUUUACAUAAAGCUUAGCGAUUGAUUGUGAGGCUAAUUCCUGCGAUUGAUAGCAUUGAUUAUUGUGUAUGAUCAUUCGUAAGAUCAGCGCUGGGAUUGAUCACUCGGCUUUGUGUUACAGGUCCUUGUUAAUAUUUUAUACUAUAAACUUCCCACGCUGUAUUCAUUUUCAAGAGGUUGUUUUAUUUAAAGUAUUCUUAAGUUGGUAUAACUGACAGUGAUGUAUUCUAUAAACCCCGUAAACCGUUUUCAAUCCUUAAUUUUUUGUAUUUCAAACGUAAAUGAAAAAAAAACCCAUUAAAGAUGAAUGUUACAAUUCUACUUAACAGAUGAGCUUGUUAAAAUAUGAUUCGUGUAUUCAAGUGUUGUAUUCAAUAAUUUUGUCAAAUAUUUUGUAUUCAGAUAUGUUCCAUACAUAUCUUGCUCUAAUGACAUUCAUAGUUGCUCAUGAUCUUUGAUAAUUUAAGAUUAAAAUCAAUCAAUACCUUUCAUCAUUUAUUUCUAUUUGUUUUGCCAAGGAAUUGUAUGAAACAUAGAGUUAAAAUUUGAAUGCCAUCAAUAAUCUUUUAUUUUCAAAUAUCUUGUUAUCCCUAUUAUUUGCUUUGUGUUUAUUGGGCAUUAAAUUUUACACUUUUGUAUGUUGUAAUGUUUUCUGUGAUCUGUAUUAAUUCAGUAAAAUUUGGUUUUAAAAAGUCUAUUGAAAAUGCAUCGUUCAUCAUGGUAUACAAACAUUAGGGUUAUGUUGUAUUAGGGCAUCUUAAAGUUGACUGCAAACUACGUCAGUUAAUGUAAUCCUUGGAAUGCAUUGAGAUUGAGGGGAUUGAUUUUCUGUACAUGGUGUAGCAUAAAAUCAAUAACCGAACCAAUCGGGAACGAUAAUAGUGUAUUAUCUUCAUGUUCAUUCUACAUGAGUUCUUAUACGUUCAUGGCGUUUCUUUCUUUUUUUGUAUACCCUUUUUGUAAAUCUACCAAAAUCAUUUUCUUGAUAAACCAAUGUAUAUUUCGUAAAGCCGUUUAUAAGUACCGAUGACUUUACACACACAUCUGGUGACCCUUGCUAAAGGGGAUCCCCCUAUGUAGCUGUUCAAGUUGUGCAUAAAGUCGUUUGUAACUUACAAAUAAUUUAACGAAACACCAUCCAUUUGCCUGUUGCAUAAGAGAAAAACUGGCAUUUUAUUUGCCAGAGUUUUUCAUAAAUUUAGUGUCAGUGGCAUAAUUUUGUUUGCCAAUUUUGUUUAUUUGCCAGCCCCCAGGAUAUAAUGAACCAAUCAUUGACAGUUUUACUAGAGUUUUUUUUUCUGAUCUCAUUACUCUCUAAAAUCGUAGGGGACGGGGUAAAUAAAUCACCACUGGAAAGACAGAGGAGUGACUGUGUUUUUUAGAUAUGGUAGAAAAUGCCGUCACUCCUCUGCCUUAUCACCCUUUCAGCCCUUUGUGUUUUUAGAAUGCGAGGCCACAUUUUAUGAGGAAAAAAAUAUAACCCGAGUCUUGAAAUUAAAUCGAGAUAUUUCUUUAACAUUCAGGUAAAUAAACAGAAUAUGUAUUUUUGAUAUACAUCUACUUGUAUGGGGCUCACUAGAUAGAAAGAGUCAUUAGAUAAAAGUUCCCCAUGCCUUAUUGAGUUUUAUUAUUUAAGGUUUGAAAUACAUAUCAAAGAGAAAGCUAGCACAUACAUGUUGUGCAAUAUUCUUUGAGAUCAUAUUACAAAAUAUUUUAUUUAUAACAAAGUUAUAGUGAAAGCGAGAAGACAGAAUUAAUUUCAUUUCAGACAACAGAAUCAAAGCGCUUGAUUGUCUAAAAUGUCAUCCCCAUGUUGCUCUAUUUCUUUCCCAAUCUUAAUUUCUCUUUGCAAUUAUGUGAUUGAUUCAUCUUAAUACGAUAUGUAGUUAAGAUUAAAAUAAUUUUAAUGAUUCGUUAAUUAUUAGGAUUUACUUAUCUAGUUUGUGCAAUAUUUGAAUAAAAUAAUGCAAAUAAAUGAUCUAAAUGCUAAUUAAGGCAUUGACAAUUUUUAUUAUUUUGAAUUGUCCGGUAGUAUGGAGUAUGUUUUAACAAUGCAAAAUGAGGAUGCAUGGUUGUUAUUAUUUCAUUUUAUUUAUUUUUUGUUGUUUUGGGGGCAGUUAUUGCGCUACUUAGUUGACUAAAAUGGUCGGUCCAUGGCAUUCUAUGCCAAGUAAGGCAAUCCUCUAAAGAUCAUCUUUAAACUCCCAAUUCACUUUUCUUCCUGACCAUUUAAUUGAUAGCACUAUUCCAAACCAACUGUUACGAUGCUUGGUCUGGGUAUUUGAUCAACACAUUUAGUUAUUCUGUUUUGUGUAUGUAUGUAUUAAUUCAUUAUAUAUUUCUUUUGUGGCAGAUUGUGUGCAUCGCCAAUUGGUCUCCUCUCUCGUAUGAGGACCUACUUUGACAUAUGACUUAUCUGACUACUCAUUUGUCGCAUCAGGAGAUUCUGUGACAUUUUCUUUGGGGGGGGUUCUGCAGGGGUCAAUACCACAGGGUCGUUUUUAGAAAAUAUUUCAAUAAUUGAUAUGGCAUUAAAUUAUUACUGUAGAAUGGAAUAAAAUGUUGGAGAAGAGGGUCUUGCGGAGAAAGGAACAAUUUUUUUUAUUACAUGUUUUGCUGUAUAGUUGCACGCUUGCCGUUCUGUUAAAGUUUUUUACACCUUAUCAUUUUUUCCCCCAACUAUUUAUGAGUUGUUUCCAAGGUUGGACUUCGUUCCUAUGUAGUGUCGUGAUGUGAAUAUGGCUGCAUAUUAUAUAAUAGUUCUCGAUGCUGUCACCAUAUGUUUUAUGAUUUAAUGUGAGGUCGAAAAUUCCUGUAUAUUUACCCAAGUAUACAUAUGAAUAUAAACUAAUAUGAUUGUGAUAUUAUUGUAGAUAAUAGUUGCGCGAGUAAUGAUUUUUUUUUUAGAUAUGAAUAUAUUACUAAAGAAAUGAGUGGAUUAUGUGUUUUUUUCAACUUGCCUUCCUACUUGUGUUUAUGGACUUAGCAUCAGAGAAAUUGUAUAAUGAAAAUGGGGAACAGAGAGUCAUUAAGGAGCUUUCUAUUAGUUCUAGACCAGUUCAAGAACUAUUUAUUGAAUGCUAUUGAAAUGUUUAGCUGAUUGUAUGUUCUAUUCUUAAAUUAUAAUGAAUUUUUGUUUUCAUCUUUGUCAUCAUCUUGAAUUUUUCUCUAUUGUACUAAUGGUCAAAUCGUGGCCAAAGAAAAGCUCAUUUAAAAAAGAAUUGAAUAAGACUCAACCUU